AUGGAGGCUACACCACGGCGGGUAGUGUCUCCAGGACGGCGGAGUGCUGGCGACUGGGAAGCGGCGGCAGAAGUGGGCUUGCCUGUCGGUGAUCUGCAAGGCACUGUGCUGCGCGAAGCUCUCAAUCACCCGGCCCACAAGCGCGAGCUCGCCAUCAAGCGGCCGCAGUUCAAUCCCAAGCUCGAUCUGGCGUCGCAGCUUGCGUCCGAGGGCGGAUGGCGGGUGGUCCACGUCUUUGUCUCGUCAACUUUUCGUGACUUUCACGGCGAGCGCGAUGUGCUCACUCGCAUUGUGUUUCCCAAGGUCAAUGAGGCUGCCCGCUCGCGGCGAGUCCGCCUCAUUCCCAUCGAUCUCCGCUGGGGCCUCACUGAGGAGGACACGUCGACCGAGGGCAAGGGUGCGCUUCAGCUGUGCUUUGAGGACAUCGAUCGGUCGCGCGGUAUGUUUAUGGUCCUGCUCGGCGAGCGCUACGGAUGGAUUCCGCCGAUGUACAAGGUGCUCUCCAAGCCGUACCUCGAGUUUGUCUCCAAGUACGCGCCGGGCAAGUCGAUCACCGAGAUGGAGGUGCUGUACGGCUUUCUCGCCAAGCCCAACGAGCCGUGCCACGCCGCGGCGUUCUUCCGCGACCCGUCGUUUCUGGACAAGGUGUCUGCCGACGACCAGGCGGUGUUUGUGGAGAGCGACCACGAGUCGACGCGCAAGCUGCGGCUGCUGAAGGAGACCAUUUUUGAGUCGAACCGGUGCCACGUGGUCCGAUCAUACCCAGCCGAGUACGAUCGGUCGUUGGUGGCGCCCAACUCUGCCCAAAUCCUGCUCAAGGGCCUCGAUGUGUUUGAGGCGGCGGCGUAUCAGUGGCUGUGGGGCAUUGUGCAGGCUGAGUUUCCGCGAGUCCACAUGCCGCGAGUAGAAGCGCUCCCGCGCUUCCACAUGCUCGAGACGCUGCAGGAGCGUGCCGAACGCGACAUGGCCGAACGGCUGUUUGGCCGGCGGAACGAGCUGUCGCUCCUGGAAAAGUACCUCGACGGCAACCAUGCGCUGGCGACGACGGCGUACGCCAAAGCGUCGGGGGCGGCGACGGCGACGGUGGUGUCGUCGAUGGCGACCUCCGAGCCGACACUCAACACCGCGCCGCCGCCGCAGCUGGCGGUGCUCUCGCGGAUUUCCAAGAAAACCUUUUCGUCGAUGAUCCACAUGCAGACACCGUCGCGGCAGAGCUCCGAGGCCGAGCUGGCGUCGGCGGGCUGCUCGGCCGAGCUUUCGCCGCAGCCGUGGUCGGACGAGACCAUUUCGGCAGCGAUGGCGUCGUUUGCGUCGCGCUCGCAGCGCGGCAAUGGUGGGCAGAGCCGGCGGCCUGGCAUUCUGUCGUGGCCGAAGCGGAUGGUGCCGCUGGUAGUUGUCGGCCAGCCAGGUGUGGGCAAGUCCGCCCUACUGGCGACGGGCGUUCUGGCGUGGCCGGUCAAGUUCCAUGGUUCGCUCAUCAUCCGCUACUUUGUGGGUGCGACUGCAGUCUCACACUCCCUCCGCUUCAUGCUAGAGUACCUCUGCACUCGGCUUGCCGAGUAUCUCGCGGCCGAGGCGCCGGCCAAGUCGAGCGAGGCCCUGUUUGCAUCGCGGCUGCUGGCAGCGAGCGCACUCUCGCUCUGCCCGCACGAGCGGCUGCGGCGACUGUUUGCCCAGCUGCUGGAGCGGGCCGCCAAGACGGCCAGGCUUGUCGUCGUUGUCGUCGACGGCCUCUCGAACCUCUCGCAGGUGGAGCACGACUUCUCGGCGUCGCGACUGGUCUCGUGGAUUCCGCCCGAGCUUCCGAGCAACGCUCGGCUCAUUGUCUCUGUCUCGACCUUCUCCACACAGCUGCUUGCCGAGCUUGACCAGCUCGAGGUACUUGCGCUGCCGCUCACGCCUCUCCGUCGCAAGUACACGGUCAACUUUGUGCGGUCGUUCCUGCAAGAGUACUGCAAGCGGCUCGACGAGCAGGAGACCAACGACCAGAUGGCCAUGCUCCUCACCAAGUCGGACAUCCAUAAGCCUCUCUACAUCCAGCUCGCCAUCCACGAAAUGCGGGUCUUUGGCGUGUACGAGGACCUCUCCAACUUUAUCUCCACCAUUCCGCCGACCAUCCCACGGGUCUUUGACUCUGUCCUGCAGCGGAUCGAGGUCGACGUUGGCCCGCAUCUUGUUGCCCUGUUUGUGACGUACGUGGCCAUCGCUCGGCUCGGCCUGACCGAGGACCAGCUGUUGCACCUGCUUGCGCCGGCGUGGUCGUCGUCGGUCCCUUUCCACGGACGUGCGCUCUUUGACUCGACCCAGACCGGCCAGCAGCUGCUGCCACGGUCGGCGUGGUCACGGGUCCACUCUGCGCUGCGGCUCUUUCUCACCGAGCUUGAGACCGACGCCAAGGUCUCGCCGCUCACUUUUCUGUACUCGGAGCUGCGCGUUGCGGCACGACGGCGAUACCUUUGCGUGUGCGAGUCGAGCUGCGAGCUCUUCCUCGCAGGCUCGUACUGCCCGCACCUCCAGCCGGGCUGGUUGGUGGGGUGGCGACGGAAGGACGGCAAGUACCACUCACGGCUGGGCGAGUUCCUCGAGGCCGAAGCCUCGCUGGCCGUGGUCUUUGAGUGGUACGCGACGUGUCGAGCCACGGGUGCGCCGCCGUCGAUGGCUCUUAUUGGCGUCCACCCGUCCGACGUCGGCUCGGCGCUAGGCCGGCGCCCGGUGCCGGACAUGGCGGAUCCGUCGUCGGUUCGGACACUCGGCCUCCCUCUCUCCAUCCAGCGUGCGCUCUCGGAAGUUGUCUACCACUACACAAUGGCUAUGGACUGGCCGCGGAUUACCGAGCUCCUCUCGGACGUGAGGUACCUGUUUCUCAAGAUCGGCUCGGGCCAGCUUCUCCUCCUCCUGCAAGACUUUGUCACUGCACUUCAGGUUCUUACCUCGCUGUACUCGCGGGCGCAGUCGCGCGAGCGGACGCGUGCGCUGGAGGAGUGGAUCCUCCAGCUGGAGCAGACCCAGUUUCUGGUCCUCCUCCACCAGGCGGCGCUGGAGGAGUUUCCCUGCCUCACGCUGCAGGUCUUUGCGCAUCUCGCUGUGGCAUAUGACCCGUCAUCACCAGGCGUGGAGCCAAGUGGGGCGCGUCGAGUCCCGCAUGGCUCGUCAGUCGACCAGCAGGCAAUGCGCAAGCUUGGGCAGGUGCUCUCGCGGGAGGCGACGUCGUACCUGCGCGCGACCGAGCUGCCGCACCUGGUGCUCCUCGACCGGGCGCGCGGGACGACGGUGCUCGAACUUCCUGCGCCUGUGGCGCUGUGGUCGUCAACAGCCUCGAUCCACGCCCAAGUUAUGGACCACGUUGACGGGCAGGUUGCGGGGCUGGCGUCAACCUCAUUUCCGCAGGCGUGGGCCAAGUCGUCGGGCUCGGACCUCGGGCGGCGGUCGUCGCGAUUGCUGCGGCGGUCGAUGGCCGGGCGCGAGACGGCCCCGCCGAUGUCGGUCGUCUCGAUGCCGCCGGGAUGCGUGGUGAAGCGGGCGGCGCUGGCAUGGGACGAGACAUCUGUUCUCGCCUUUGACCAGGCCGGCGCUAUGCACAUUCUCUCGCUGGCGUCGCGGUCUGUGACGCGGUCGCAGCACCUCUACCAUCACUCGUUUUCGCAAGUGAGGUCCAAGGUGACAGCACUGGCGGUCUCAAAGUCGACACCUGCCUCGAUGGACAUGCCGCACUUUAUGGUGACCGGUGGCGUGCGGUACGAUCUCGGUGGCGAGAUCAUUGUGUGGCGGCGUGGCAUGGAGUGGUCAUGCUUCCCGGUGGCCAAGGCCUCGUUUGAGGCGCACGAAGGCGGGCGGGUACAGACCAUCCAUGUGGCGGCCGACUCCCAAUCGUUUGUAGUCUCAACCGGCAUGCGGCUGACAGCGUCAGACGGGUCCGGCGUCGGCGUCCGUGGCGUCUUUGUCUUUGCUGUCGACCAGCGAAUGUUCCGGCCGGGUGCCGGCUCGCAUUCGUCGCCGUUGGACCCGGCGUCAGGCCACGAGACUGGCGGCGGUGUGGGCGCAGUGCCGCUGGCGCGCGGCGUUUCGGCUGAAGUUCUCCCGGACCGCGCGACGACACCGCUUGGCCAGGGCUCGCCGACUGGCUCGUCGACAGGGGGGCUGGGUUCGGGCGGCACACCGGGCCUCAACAUUCUUGUACCGGUAGUGGCGGCAAUCGACACGCCCCAGCUGGGCAUUGUGCUCACGAUUGCAGCCCUGCCGGAUGACUCGAUCAUGUUUAUGGGCGACGACUCGGGUCGGGUGGUUGCCACCACGCGGUGGCUCGACGCGCAGCUCUCGGCAGUGACGGUGGCGUCGGGGCGGAGCGUCGGCAUUUCCGCGCUCCGACUUGCGGAAGCGUGUAAGGUUCCGGGUCCGCCGCUCAAAUCUGGACGGGUUCUUCUUGCUGUCGGAUGCACUGAUGGCAGCGCGCACGUGGUGAUGUACACGGCGCCGCAGCAGAGCUUUCAGGUUCUGUUUUCUGUCGAGGCGCAUGACGACGUGGUGGCCGACUGCUGCCUGCUGGCCGGCCACCUUGUGUCGUCGGGCGUCGACGACUCGUUCAAGGUGUGGACGCUGACCGAUGGGUCUGGCGGCGGCAAGUACGUGCCGUGGGGUGAGAGCAUGGCCGCGCGGUUCGGCGAGCCUGCACGACCGUGCGACGACGAUCCGUUGGACUUUGACCUUGUGGCGACCGAGGCCAUGAUGGACGCGUUUCUGCAGGCGAGUAGCAUGCGGGUCCUCCACUCGCGGCAGUGCUUACUGCUGGCGAACCACUGCAUGCACAUCUCGUCAAAAGGCGAGCUUAUUCUGGUGGGCAAUCGCGGAACGCUGCUGUUCGGCCUGUGGCAGGAAGUCAUUCAUGAGGCCAUGCGGGCGCCACUGGUUCGCGAGCUCUCCAACGCGGUCGACCUGGACGAGCACGAUCUCGACUCGAGCGUGCUGCUUGCGAGCCGGCGGGUCAGUAUCGAAAAAGUGCUCAACACGGCUGCAGCGCAGUCGUCGCGGCUAGCGUUUGCGCCAGACUCGUCGGCAGCGGCGGCGGCGAUCGAGAGCGGCAGGGCGCGCCAGCGGCCAAUUGUUCGCGUUUGGCACUUUGGCGCGACUAGCGCCAGCACCGAAACUCAACCGGCGUCCCAAGAGGAGACCCGGCCGCAGCUGUGGGUGGUCAACUUGCGCGGGCACACAGCGCCGAUCCUUGUGGUGCAGUUCUUUUGGCUGAGCGGCCAGGACAAGCGCCUGGGCCUGUUCACGGCAGCAAUGGAUCACACGGCGCGGAUCUGGGACGCAGUGAGCUCUCAGCCGCUGGUGGUGGUGGAGAAUGGGCCGUCGCUGAUGGUGCCGUGGACCGGGCGAAUGCUGGACAAUGGCAACAUGGGCGCGAUGUGGUCAUGGGAGGCGGUCGAGUCCGAGUCGACAUCGAUGGGCACAUCGACGUCGUCAGGCACCUCACUGCCUGUGCCCGAAGGAGCGGCCGACAAUGGAGGCGAAUUGAGCUCUGGCUCAUCACGGCUCUCGGACUCGACAUCGUCGGCGGACUGCGAUGACCAGUUUAGCGCGUCAGAAGCGACACUUCGGCUCCAGCCCGGUCUCCGCGGGCUUCAUGGGCCGUCACUCAAGCGCAAGCUUGAAGCGCGCGGGCGGCGUGGCGGACACUACGGGGUACGUGUAUUUGACGCACGACCGCCGUUUACCGGCGGGCCACGGUCGACGUUUGUGCCGCUGGGGCAGACUGUGGCGUCGUCUGUGGUCAACCUCGCGCUCAUCUCGCUCGUGGACGAGGGCGGAGGCGGACAAGAAGGCGAGGUGCACAUGGCGCGCGUGGGCUUCCCGUCGCUGCUUGCGGUGACAAUCGACGUCGUGGGGACCUGGGUCUUUGAAGUGGUGGAGGAGGGCGGAAGCGAGAUGCUGCGGCUGGCGUGGUCAACAGAGAAUGUUGGACGAGCUGUGUGGCUGCUGCAGCGGGGACGGCAGCUCGCGCCUGUCUUUCUGCCGGUGUUCAGCAUCAAGGGCGUGCACGUGGCCGAGAUGGGCCCGAUGAGCGCAGCCGGAGUCGGCCGCAUGGCGCGCGGACUGCGCCUCCCGCUCCCGACGCACCGGCCGAUCCUCGACGCGGUGGUCUCACCGGAUGGGCUGGUUGCUACAGUGGCACUAGCGUCGUCGCUCCGCGGCGCGCAGCAUGCGAUUGUCAACGUCUACCGGCGGCGGCCAAAGCGGCGGGUGCGGACGCGCGAGCCAAGGAUCCAUCGCAAGGCGCGCGCACGGGUCAUUGUCCACUCGAAGCACGGUCGGUACGCCGAAUAUGCGACCGGCCGGCGGGCAAGCGCGCCGCCGCGGCGCAAGUCGGCAAAGCGCUGGCGCCGCGCCCCGGUCCACGUCAUCGACCUCCUCUCUGAGCACUCGGGCGAGGAGACGGCGUCGUUCUCAAUCUCAGCCGAUGAAACCAUCGGCUCGUCAACGUCGAUCCUCUCGAGCAAGAGCGGCGGCGACCACAAUGCAUCGUCGUCGUCGAUCGGAUCGUCCUCGGGACGCGGCGUGAUCGACAAGCGGGCGUGGAAGCUGCGGUACUCACUUGUGGCGCCGACCUGCGAUCCGGUGGCCAUGCGCAUCUCGCCCGAUGGGCGUCAGGUGGUAGUCCUCGGUCACAAGGGCGUGUCGUCGGUGCUGGAGGUGCAGGAGACGCCGUACAAGGUGCGGAACGUGACGGUGGUGGCCCAUGUGGACCACGGCAAGUCGACGCUAACCGACUCGCUACUCGCUGGAGCAGGGCUUCUGGCGUCGGCAAAGGCCGGCUCCACCUGCGAAAUGGACACCCUUCCAGACGAGAAGGAGCGUGGUGUGACCAUCAAGUCGACGGGCAUCACCCUCUGCUACGACGUGCCUGUUCCGGACUUUGUUCCCUCGGCAGGCUCGUUCGACUCGGGCGACGCAGCGAGCGCAGGCGCAAGCGCGGGCGCUCAGGCGGAUGCCACGGUGGCUCCGGGCAAUGCCAUGCCGUUUGUCAUCAACGUCAUUGACUCGCCGGGCCACAUCGACUUUUCGGCCGAGGUUACGGCCUCGCUCCGGCUCACCGAUGGCGCCAUCGUGGUGGUCGACUGCGUCGAGGGUCCGCGGGUGCAGACUAAGAUGGUCCUCCGCCAGGCGCUGGGCGAGCUGGUCAAGCCAGCAGUGCUCUGCAUCAACAAGGUGGAUCGGUUCAUUCUGGAGAAGAAGUUUGAGCCCGAGGAGGCGUACGAGCAGUUUGUCAAGGUCAUCGGCGACGUUAACGCCAUCCUCGACGAGCACGCCGAGUCCCAGGCCGUGGCCGCUGCCGACGGCCACACCGUCCACCAGCUUCCGGGCCUUGUUCCGUUCAACCCGCGGCUGGGCAACGUGUUCUUUGCGUCAGGCAAGCAGGGCUGGGGCUUCACCCUCGCCGACUUUGCCCAGUUCUAUGCCGCGCGCAUCGGCUCGACGGCGGAAAAGUGGAUGAAGCGGCUGUGGGGCAACUUUUGGUUCGAUCCGGCCAAGGGCGGAUUUGUCAAGCAGCCGACAGCGGCUGACGGCACUGCGCUCGAGCGCGGCUUCUGCCGCUUUGUCCUCCGCCCGAUCUGGGAGAUGUUCGAGCUGGUCGGAACCGAAGGUGUCACCCGGGCUCAGCUCGAGCCGGUCCUCGAACGGUACGCGGUCAAGCUGCGAGUCGCCGACUACGACGCGCUCGAGGCCAACGCCAACGCGGCAGUCCUGGAGACCGUGAUGAAGGCCUGGCUGCCGGCGGGACUCUCACUGGCGACUGCUGUCGUCCUCCACGUCCCAUCGCCAGUCGAGGCGCAGCCGUACCGGGUUCCGUACCUGUACGAGGGCGAUCUGGAGAGCGCCGAGGCCAAGGCCAUGAUGGCGUGCGAUCCCGACGGCCCGCUUGUCAUGUACGUCUCCAAGAUGGUGCCGAACAAGCGAUUCGAUGCGUUCUUUGCCUUUGGCCGGGUCUUCUCCGGUCGGGCAAGUCCCGGACUCAAGGUCUUUGCCCUCUCGCCCGAGUACUCCAAGGCUGACAGCGGCGACGGCGCGUCGGCGAGCGGCGCGGCGAGGAGCGAGGCUGGACGGACAACCGCACGCAUCACUGCGACGUCGGUGUGGAUGGCAGGCUCGACCGAGUCGGUAUCGCGUGGCGUGCCGGCCGGUUCUACAGUCGGUCUCUCGGGCCUCGAGGGCGCGCUGAUCAAGACCGGAACGGUCUCGACGUCGGCUGAAGCUGUCAACAUCCGGCCGCUCAAGUUCUCGGUCUCGCCGGUAGUUCGAGUGUCUGUCAAGCCGGCGCGGGCAAGCGACCUCAAGGCGUUUGUGCGUGGGCUCGGGCGGCUCAACCGGAGCGAUCCGAGUCUGGUGGUGUCGACGGACCCAACAACGCGGGAGACCAUUAUUGCCGGGGUGGGCAACCUUCAUCUUGAGAUUGCGCUGUCGGACCUGAGCAAGCUCUACGCCGGUGUGCCGAUUGUGGCCGGUGAGCCGAUCACCACGUACGCCGAGACGGUGGUGGCGGCCGUCGCCGAGCCGGUUCUCAAGCGGUCGACAAACAAGCACAACCGAGUCUUUGCCACCGCAACUCCGCUGGAGGCGCCGAUCGUGGAUGCCAUCGACAGCGGCGAGCUCAAGAUGGCCGGCGACGCCAAGGCGCGGAACGCCGCGCUGGUGCGGGCCGGAUGGGACAAGGCCGAGGCCAAGGCUGUGCUGGCGUGGGGCGACCCUGCGGCAGACUCGCGGGCCAACGUGCUCGUUAACGACUCCAAGGGUGUCAACUACAUCGCCGAAGCGAGUGACAGCCUGAGCAACGCGUUCGACGCAGUGGUGCGCGCCGGCCCGCUAGCCGGCGAGCCGAUGCGCGGCGUCCGGCUCGGCUUUGCCGAUGGCCUCUUCCACGCCGACUCGACUCACCGGUCGGAGCGGCACGUGGGGCCGGCGGCCAUCUCGGCCUUCCGCGGCGCCGUCCUCUCGGCGCAGCCGCGGCUAAUGGAGCCGAUCUUCGAGGUCACCGUGACCGUGCCCGAGGCCCACGUCGGCGCCGUCUACUCGGUCCUCGCUGGCAAGCGCGGCGAGGUCUUUGAUCAGGCCCGCGACCCGGCGUCAGGCAUGCUUGUGGUCAAGGCGCACCUACCGGUCGGCGAGUCGUUUGACUUUACCCCGCUCCUCCGCGACGCCACCUCGGGCCAGGCCAUGAACCAGUCGGCCUUUUCGCACUGGGCGCUCAUCGACUCGGACCCGUACGAGGACGGCACCCUCGCCCACUCCAUCGUCACCGCCAUCCGCAAGCGCAAGGGCCUUCCGGACGCCAUCCCUUUGGCUGCCGAUUUUGUCGACAGGCCCUGAUGUCUCGCUGCCGACGCCUCAUCGGCGAUGGCUGUAGCUAUUAGUGGUGCAGCAAUGAACGCGACUUGCAACUAC